CCGCCCCCCAAAACGCCUCUCAGACUCUAUCCGAAUUUUAGGGUUCCCCCCCCGAUAAUCCCCAAUCCCAGUUUUCUAAAAGAAACCCUAAAAUCCUCGGAUCAGGUCUGAAUUUGUGGUCGUUAGGCCUCUUUGAUCAACUAAGUUUCAUGUCUGAUCUUGACGUUCAAAUUCCUACUGCUUUUGAUCCCUUUGCCGAUGCAAAUGCUGAGGACUCAGGUGCUGGUUCAAAGGAGUACGUGCAUAUUCGUAUUCAGCAAAGGAAUGGUCGGAAAAGCUUGACAACUGUCCAGGGGUUGAAGAAAGAAUUCAGCUAUAACAAGAUACUUAAAGACCUCAAGAAGGAGUUCUGCUGCAAUGGCACCGUGGUCCAGGACCCUGAACUAGGACAGGUUAUUCAACUUCAAGGUGACCAGCGCAAGAAUGUAUCGACCUUCCUUGUUCAGGUAAUUGUGUUAUUGCUUCUUGGAAUAUUUUGAUGUCUUAAUUGAGCUUAUGCAAAAUCGGAAUUCAUGUUUUAUUUUCGAUCAGGCUGGCAUUGUGAAGAAGGAUAACAUCAAAAUCCAUGGUUUCUAAGCCUGCAGCAUUGUGAAAUUUUCUGCCAAGUCGCUGUCCGUAUGUCGAAGCAGGAAAUAACAGCCAUCUCAUUAGGUUAUAUGUCUAUGCGAUUAUUUUGUUUCUAUGUCGGUUUGAUAACAACUUAUGCAUCGUGUGU